AUGCCCAAGGAGCCACUGGUGGAGGGGACAGCAGGCGUGUCCACGUCCCCAUACGACUACGAGAUCAGUGGCCCCCUAGGACGGGACAACUACAAGGAGAUGUACCUCUUCAUCUACAGCCGGGAGCCGGUCGUCCUUAGGGUCUCAGCACCCCGCACCAAGGUGGAGGAGUUUGUGCUGGUGCCACUGCACUCAGCCCCGCACGAUGCCGUCACUGAGAUCGAUGCGCUCUACGACGUCUACCUGGCCAUCGUCAACAAAUGGGGGACAGACAUGAGUAACAUCAUGUUCCUGGGGGACUUCAACGCCGACUGCGCCUACGUCCAGCCCAGCGAUUGGUCAUCCAUCCGCCUGCGCACCAGCGACGUCUUCAAGUGGCUGCUCCCCGAUGGCACCGACACCACCGUGGGGACCUCAGACUGCGCAUAUCUCCCUGGCAGGGUCGUGGUGUGUGGUGCCAAGCUGAAGAGAAGCAUCGUGCCGAAUUCAGCCACCGUCUACAAUUUCCAGCGCGCUUUCCAGCUGGAGCAGGAGGAG